AACCUAGAAUAGUGAAAGGGACAUCAAGAGCAGCUGGUCUCAGUCAUCUCGCUGUUUGCUGGUCUCUAGCUGUUGGUAGUAAGUCCGGUUAUAAGUUUUUCUCCCUUUCUUCUGUGGAUAAGCUGGAACAGAUCUAUGAAUGCACUGACACCGAAGACGUGUGCAUUGUGGAAAGGUUGUUCUCCAGCAGCUUAGUGGCCAUUGUGAGCCUCAAAGCCCCAAGGAAGCUGAAGGUUUGCCACUUUAAGAAGGGAACAGAGAUCUGCAACUAUAGUUACUCCAACACCAUCCUGGCUGUGAAGCUCAACCGGCAGAGGCUGAUAGUGUGCCUGGAAGAGUCUCUGUAUAUCCACAACAUCCGGGACAUGAAGGUCCUGCAUACCAUCAGAGAGACGCCUCCAAACCCAGCAGGCUUGUGUGCGCUAUCCAUAAACAAUGACAAUUGCUACUUGGCAUACCCGGGGAGCGCCAGCAUCGGAGAGGUGCAGGUCUUCGACACUAUUAAUCUGAGAGCUGCGAACAUGAUCCCAGCGCAUGACAGUCCUUUAGCGGCGCUGGCUUUUGAUGCAAGUGGAACUAAACUUGCCACUGCUUCUGAGAAGGGGACCGUGAUUAGGGUAUUUUCCAUUCCAGAGGGACAAAAACUCUUUGAGUUUCGGAGAGGAGUUAAGAGGUGUGUCACCAUCUGCUCACUGGCCUUCAGCAUGGAUGGCAUGUUCCUCUCUGCAUCCAGCAACACUGAGACUGUGCACAUCUUCAAACUUGAGACUGUGAAAGAAAAACCCCCGGAGGAACCCACCACCUGGACUGGGUACUUUGGGAAAGUGCUCAUGGCUUCCACCAGCUACUUGCCUUCCCAAGUGACAGAGAUGUUCAACCAGGGCAGAGCCUUUGCCACAGUCCGCCUGCCAUUCUGUGGCCACAAGAACAUCUGCUCACUAGCCACAAUUCAGAAGAUCCCCCGACUGCUGGUGGGAGCCUCUGACGGGUACCUGUACAUGUACAACCUGGACCCCCAGGAGGGCGGCGAGUGCGCCCUGAUGAAGCAGCACCGGCUGGACGGCAGCAUGGAGACAGCCAGUGAAAUCUUAGACUCCGCCUCCCACGACUGCCCGCUGGCCGCGCAGGCCUACAGCACAGCGGUCGCUAAAGGUACUUGUGUGCCUUCGUCUCCGACGAGACUUGCCUACACAGACGACCUGGGUGCCGUGGGCGGCGCUUGUCUGGAGGAUGAGGCCAGCGCCCUGCGCCUGGAUGAGGACAGUGAGCACCCGCCCAUGAUUCUUCGAACUGACUGAACUUGACCUGUGACCUCUGACCCGGGAAGCCGCGAACACUGGCUUGACAGAGGACUUUGUGCAUUGCUGCUACGAACUUUGACCUGAGCUGGGGGAGAGGAUGGCAGAGACUUUAUAAAAACAGAUUGUAGUGGUAGUCUAACUCCAUACUGUUGAAAAAUACAUCGUUUUCACUUCA